UCUUCCUAUGAGAUCCAUGUUUUCAAGUUGUUGUUUUUGUCUGUAAUUGUUGUUGUUCUGUUUUAGGAAUCGUUUUUUGAAAGCUUAAGAUUUCAAAAAUUGUUCCCUUUUUUUUUUUCCUCCUCAGCUUUGUAUGACGUCGUUUUGUCUUGUAACGAAGUUUUUUUGGGCUCACGAGAUGCUGUCAGAAGCAUUUUUCUUUUCAAAAAUCCCUAAAUCUCUCUCUGUUCUUCUCUGUUUUUUAAAAUGUUUUUCUUUUAAGAUGCUUUGUGUUUGCCAAUCCAUACUGUUUCUUAAGCCUCUUCUCUGUCUGCAACAUGUUGAGUUUAUAACAGAUCUUCAUCUCUGUCACACUCUCUCAUUAAAUCAAUCUCUCUUUCUCUCUCUAGCUUUCUCUCUCUCUUAUGGGAUUUUUAUUGCAGUAAUCUUUGGGAAAUGGGUUUUUUUCUAGUUCCUAAGUGCUAAAAAUAGACAGUUUGAGCUUCUUCUAGUGUCAAUAAAACCCUCUCCAUCGGAGAUUUUGACAUAAUGCUUACGUUUUUUUAGCCUGUUUUUCUCUCUCUAGGAUCAUCAUUUUGAGUGGAGGAUUUGUGUUUUUCUCUCUCUAAAAUGGGGAAAGCUACCAGAUGGUUGAAGGGUCUACUAGGGAUCAAGAAAGAGAAGGACCCAUCUCGGAAUUUGAAUUCAAAUUCAACGGCGGUUGUUGGUGACAAAAAGGAGAAGAAACGGUGGAGUUUUGCGAAGUCCGGUAGAGAUUCCGGCCAAAUACAGCCUCCGGUGGAGGCGACUUGGUUUAGAUCCUACAUUUCUGAUUCAGAGAAAGAGCAGAAUAGGCACGCAAUUGCGGUGGCUGCUGCUACCGCUGCUGCAGCUGACGCCGCUGUUGCAGCGGCUCAGGCGGCGGCGGCCGUCGUCCGGCUGACAAGCCAAGGCAGAAGCUCUGUGUCUGUCACCGGAAGAGAUAGAUGGGCGGCGGUGAAGAUUCAAACAGUUUUUAGAGGCUAUUUGGCUAGAAAGGCGCUUCGAGCUCUCAAAGGGCUCGUUAAAUUGCAGGCUGUGAUUAGAGGAUUUCUCGUAAGAAAACGAGCCGCUGCAACUCUUCACAGUAUGCAGGUUCUUUUUAGAGCUCAAACUGCAAUUAGGACACAAAGAGCUCGUCGAUCUUUCAACAAAGAGAAUCGGUUUAUCCCCGAGAUUCGACCCCGAAAAUCUGCAGAACGGUUCGAUGAAACAAGGAGUGAAUUCCAUAGCAAGAGGUUAUCGGAAACACCCUCCAUGAAUUCAAUGGAUGAGAGCCCAAAAAUCGUGGAAAUCGACACCUACCGAACUCGAUCAUCGAGGUCACGUCGAUACAUUUCCGCAUUCUCCGAAUGCGGAGGAGACGAUGUAGCUAUCUCAUCUUCACCAUUGCCAUGUUUGAAUCGACCUUGCAUCAUCGAUUACCACAACAACAUGGUUCAAGACUUCGAAUGGUGUUUGAUGGGCGAAGACUGCAAGUUUCCUACAGCGCACAGCACGCCACGACUAUCGAACAAUUCAUUCGCCUCGACCAACAUGCUGGUCACGCCAUCGAAGAGCGUGUGCGGGGACAGCUUCUUUAGGCCAUACAUGAACUACUACCCGAAUUACAUGGCGAACACGCAAUCGUUCAAGGCGAAAUUGAGGUCACAAAGUGCACCAAAGCAAAGGCCAGAGCCUGGGUCAAAGAAGAAGCUGUCAUUGAAUGAAGUAAUGGCAGCAAGGAACAGCUUAAGCAGUGUAAGAAUGCAGAGACCAAGCAACCAAAUGGUUCAAAUGGUGGAAGAAGAAGAAGAACAAAUUAUGGGGUUUGAGUGAUUUGUAAAUUCCUUUGAAUCAAAGCUUUGAAGUUCUGAAGAUCUUUGAAUGUGUGAUGAUUUUAUAACUCAAAAGCCCCAAAAAAGUGAAGAAAAGGGACACUUUUUUUU